AUGAUAGUCAGUGGAGGAUUACUGGUGCUGAAAAGUGCUCAAUUGGAUGCCCAAGGUGUUGAACAAAUGCGUGGUAUAGUUAUUUGUGUGUCAGAGACAAUUCCCAGUGCGUUUGGUGGUACUGCAGCUGGUGCAUCUGCAACCCAGAGUUGGAGAAGCUUUUUGGAAAGGAAAAGAAAGGUGGACGAGUCACAGCCCAAGACCCUGUAUGUGGGCAACUUGGACAAUUCGGUGUCUGAGGAAUUGCUAUGGUCGCUCUUUGCACAGAUUGGCAUGGUGAAGAAUUGCAAGAUAAUUAGAGAACCUGGCAAUGAUCCCUAUGCAUUCAUUGAAUUUACCAAUCAUCAGUCAGCGUCCACAGCACUGACCGCCAUGAAUAAGAGACUCUUCCUGGACAAGGAGAUGAAAGUUAAUUGGACCACGAGUCCGGGAAAUCAGCCAAAAGCUGACACUAGCUCCUACCAACACAUUUUCGUUGGGGAUUUGAGUCCGGAAAUUGAGGCAGAGACCCUGAGGGAGGCUUUUGCACCCUUUGGAGAAAUUUCCAAUUGUUGCAUUGUGCGCGAUCCGCAAACACUGAAAUCCAAGGGAUAUGCCUUUGUGUCGUUCGUUAAGAAGGCUGAAGCUGAGAAUACCAUUCAGUCGAUGAAUGGACAGUGGCUGGGCUCUAGGUCAAUUCGUAACAACUGGAGCGCCCGCAAACUUCCACCACCGCGUGAAACGAGCAAGGGUAUCAAGGGUGGUAAGCCAUCGUACGAAGAGAUUUACAAUCCGCCAAAACUUGACAGUUCCACUCUCCCAAGGGAUCUAUUUACGAGCGCGGUGCGCUUGAGAUAA